CGACACUCUGCAUAUUUGCCUCAUCUUUCGCUGUUCACUUGUCACUCAAGAACAUAGCAUUCAAUAUGGACGGCUACCUUUCCAGUCAUGCAAUCAUUCAACCCGACGACAUCGCCAUCGAAAAUGGCUCACAUGUUUUGAGCUAUCGAGAGCUCGACCGAGAAGUGGGCAAACUGGCAUCAGUCCUCAAUGAACUCCACCUGAGCCAUGAGCAGCCCAUCUGUGUCUUAGAAGACAUUGGCUCCAGUAUGGUCAUUGCUCAGUUGGCUGUCCUCCGGGCCAGGCUGACCUGCGUGCCUAUCACCCCGUCGACUCCCGAACUGCGCCUACUGGAUAUGCUCCAAGAUAUUGAGGCGAAAUACAUUCUCACAGACCAGAAUACUCCAGACAAUGAAGAUAUCACUAUCAUCCCCAUCUCUGGUCAUUCAUCUGAGGAAUAUGUGGCCUGCCCACCAUCUCGAGACCGCGGCGGCGAAUUUCGCAGUCAUAUCCUCUACACCUCGGGAUCCAGCGGCAAACCGAAGGCCGUACAGAUUGCCGAAAGAAGUCUACUACAUUUGGCAGAGAACUCCCCAGUCACACCGUUGCACCCAAAAGACCGCAUGGCAAUAAUCAAUAAUCCUGGUUUUGACAUUUCUCUAUUCGAAACCUUUGCUCCUCUGGCUGCUGGGGCAACACUCGUCAUUGUGCCCCGUGAAGUAGUUACGGAUCCGUUCGCAUUCCGCGAGUUUACUGCCGAAAAACAUCUUUCCGUACUUUUUUUGACUGCAGCACUAUUCUCGAUUACCGCCCAGGCCUGUCCGACUGCUUUCGCAAACACCCGGCAUGUUCUUACGGCCGGCGAAGUUGCCAAUAAGGCUGCCAUGCGGGCUGUUCUGGAGUCUUCGGCUCCACCAGAGCAUCUCUGGAAUACGUAUGGUCCGACUGAGGCGACAACGUUUUCAACUAUGUAUCUUGUUACACUUGGCGAACUUAAACAUGAAAAUAUUGCCAUUGGGAAGGCGGUUGGAAAUACGAAAUUGUGCUUGGUAGAUGAAAAUUCCAAUAUCAUCACUGAGCCCGGUCAAAUGGGCGAGAUUCUUCUGGGAGGCCCUGGCCUAACUAUGGGUUACAUUGGUCGGCCCGAAGAUAAUCAAGAUUGUUUCACUACGCUAGACGGAAUUCGCUAUUACCGAACUGGAGACAUGGCCAAGUGGCGCCAGGAUGACCCCGAGGUGCUCGAUUUCGUUGGUCGUGUCGAUUUACAAGUCAAGCAUGGUGGAUUCCGUAUAGAACUGGAGGAAAUUGAACAGGUACUUCUUUCUAGCACCCAGUUGUCUGGGGCAAUUGUUGUGCAAGUCCCCUCAACGGAUCUCGGCCACGAGCCUCUCCUCGUGGCAUUUGUGAUCCCUUGCAUUGCAAACAGUAUUCGUCCCCGGGAUAUCACCACCUUCUCCCAAGAAAGAUUGCCGGCCUAUAUGGUUCCACAGGAUAUUGUCUUUUGCUCGAACUUCACUUUGACUGAACACGGCAAGGUGGACCGGAACGCGUUAGUCCAAAGAUACAUUAAGGAACGUGAAGAAAAAGCUCAAACACGGGAGCAAGAAGGCGGAAACAAUUUACAUUCUGUUGUGGAGGGGAUUUGGUCUGCUUUGCUAAACAAGCCCACGAUCAAUGAGGACGACGACUUUUUCAUUUUAGGGGGUACCUCCCUUCAGGCUGCUACAUUGAUCGCUCAGUUGAGGCAACAGCUGGGUAAGACCAUCUCCAUGCGAUCUCUGCAUGAGAACUCUCGUCUUCGUGACCUAGUCAAUCAUCUUGAGGAGUUUACUGAGGGAGGCAACGCCCCCGAUGAGGCAGAGACUUGGACCUACGAUGCACAUAUUGCCGAUUCCCUAGAGCCCCUUCCAGAAUGGCAGGACACUAACGAAGGUCGAGUAUUUGUCACCGGUGCGACUGGCUUCGUGGGUGCUCAUUUCCUCAGUCGGUUUCUCCAAUUGCCAGCUAUUAAAGAGAUCGUGUGUUUGGCCCGCUCCAGGGACAAUUUGAGCCCUACCGACCGGGUCCAUAGAGCCCUCCGCCGCUACGAUCUCUGGGAUGAUUCAGCUAGCCAUCUGACAAAACUGUUGGUGCUAGAAGGAGACGUCAGUCUGGACCAUCUUGGUCUUACGAAGGAGAAUUUCACGUGGUUAACGAACUGGGCCAGCACGGUGUUCCACUUCGCAGCUAAAGUAAACUUCUGCGAGCCAUAUGAAUCUCAUUUCGAUGCGAACAUCCUCGGUACCAAAAAUGUACUUGAAGCCGCUCUUUCGGGACGGCGCAAAUCCUUCCAUUAUAUGUCCAGCAUCGACACUUGGGGCCCGACGGGGCUGGUCCUUGGCACCCGCAAAGUCCUCGAAGACGACCCCCUCGAGCCACAUGUUCGAGGCCUUCCGUUUGACAUCGGCUACGCCCAGAGCAAAUGGGUUGCCGAGCAGAUGGUGCGGCGGGCACGCACGCGAGGUCUGCCUACAGCCAUCUAUCGACCAGGUUUUGUGAUUGGGGACUCGCGUGAUGGAUCGGGCAACCCCGAUGACUUCUUCGCGCGUCUGAUGGUUGGGUCCAUUCUCUUGGGCGCCUUCCCUAUCCUGCCAAACCAGAGAAUGGAAUAUGUGACUAUCGACUAUGUCUGCGAUGCGACGCUGCACAUUGCCUCGCAGAACAAGAAUCUCGGAAAGUCAUACAGCCUGGUUGCGCCGGAUCCAGCCGAUUCCGUCAACCUCGAAAAGACAGUGGAAGUCAUUCGAGAGGCCGGAUAUCCGGUCGAGCAUAUCCCGUAUUGGGAGUGGGUGCAACGAUUGCAGUCAACCGCCGACAAGGAAAACCCGCUACUUCCGGUGAUGCCGCUAUUGCAGGAGCCGGUCCUUGGUGGACGGUCUAGGUUCGAGACCAGCAGGAACACGCCACACUAUGAUAGCUCGAACACGGUGGUCGCAUUGAAGGAUGUGCCUGAAAUCUCAUACAUUCCCUUCACCUCGGGAAUGCUCAACAAAUUCUUAAGUUUUUGGGAUCGCAAGGGGUUCUAUGAGACGAGGCAAGUUCGGAAUUGACUACUGGGAGGCAAAGUAGGGUCUAUGUACUUCUCAUGUGCUUGUUUCUUCAAUUUGUUACUUUUCUGUCUGUAUUUAUGUAGUACCUCAAAUUGAAUCAUCGAAAUAUUCUGGCUUGUUGUAGGCAGCAGUGUGUAUCCUUCAUCCCGUUCAUCGGACCAUCGCGAGAAGGCGAACGUGCACCCCGAAGCCCUAACUCUUCCCCCUCACAUCGACCCAUUGACCCAACCUCAGCCAGCCUCAAUUCGAACAACCCCCUCUUUUAUAGUCUGCAGCCUGGCUUCUUGUCUGCGUCCCUACAAUCCCUACAAUUGUUGGUUUGCUUGAGACACGCUGCAAUACCACGUCGGGGUAGUGUCUUGCAGUGCGAACAAGGCAAUUUCAAGCGAUCCAACCAUCCAAUCUCCACGAACCUCUCCAGCAAGGCGCUCGAACUUCGCCACCACUCACUGGCUCGUCGGCUCCGGUUCCUG